GCUACAACUAGUUUGUUUGUUGUUUGCGACUCUUGAAUCAGUUGAUCGAAAUGGUUCUAUUGCUACGGACUUCGCGAGACACGGUUUAGUUGUACGAAUCAGUGUUUUUUUUUCUUUCUUCCUUUCACGGUCUUCCUCAACGUCGAAAAAAAAACAACAACGAAAAAUUUGUUUAUCUGCGUGGAAAAUAAUAUUCAGUCAAGAGAGUUCGAGAGCUAAUUCGCGUUGUGCAGUAGAAAGUUUCAUACGAAAAAAAACCCUUAUCAUCCAUAUAUCUACGUCGAUAUAUAGUGCUUUCUAUUCGUUUUUUUAUAUAUUCGUUGUGUGAUAGCCGCCGAAGUGAUAAUAUGUGACCCAAAUACGUAAAUUACAAUUUCACUGAACCUCAAUUAUGGAUAAGUCAAUUGAGCAUAACAUCGAUGGCCAAACCGAGUAUAACCAGUUAUCACAUCAAGCGGAAACGAAGACAACUGAAACGAAACCGAAAUCGAAUGUGAACGAUGUAGGCGUAAUUGCAAACGACGAUACUAAUGCACCGGCAAACGAAAAUGAUACUAAUCAAACGAAAGAUGCGACCAACAACGACGACGACGACGACAACAAAUUCGAUGUCAAAAACUGUGAUAUUUCUGUAGAACGAAGUGAUAAGGAUCGAUUUGAUGCGAAUGCCAUAAAACAAUCGACGGAAAUUCAAUCAGAAAAACUAUUGGCCGCAACCGAUUCACAUGACAAAAGGCCAUUUGGUUCGAUCGACGAUAAAAAUGAGCUCAAUAGAUGUGUGACAACGCUACAAAGCAGUGGUGACGAAUCGAAGGCAAACAAUCCGGUGCCGUCAAAAGGAAGUGGAAAUAAAAAGGCAGUUUCGCUAGAUAAAAUUAAUGAAAAAGUCAAAAAAUUCAUUAGCGGCGAAAUAAUUGUCGAUAAGGAAAAUCCAUUUAAGAAAUUGAAUGCGAAGCGGCGAGCGGAUUUUUUCUCAUCGACACCGACGAAUUUGCAACGCCCAAAAGUCACAUUUGCGGCUAAAGAGAUACCAAAGGAUGAAUACAUCACAAAAGAAGAUGUGCUGAAAGAGUCAAAAUAUGUGAAAACAUAUAUAAAACAUCCCGAUGAAUAUUUCGUUUAUGAUCCAACGAUAAAAGAGCGUCUGCUGAAAGAAGAUCGAGAAGAACAAGCCGCUCAAAACCGAGAUCGCAUUUCACCGCCGAAGAAAGUGAACGGAACACGGAUCAGCAAAUCAACGCAGGAGCGGCUAAGAGAACUGAAGAAUCGGUAUAGUCCAUCGAAUUUGAACUACAAUCAACCGAAAAUCAAAACAUAUCUCACAAAUGGUCAUACAAACGGCUAUGCGAACGGCUCCGUAACAUCAAAACUACCAACGGCACACAACCAAAAAGUUGAUCGUAGUAAAUAUCCAGAUUUAUCGCAAAUCAAAGUCAAAACGGGCACUGAUCUUGAGGGUUCAUUUUUCAAUCCGAAAGAGGUGGCAAUAAAUGCGAAAAAAUUCGAUGCUCGCAUUAAAAAUACACAAUUCGGUUCGCAGGACGAUUUAGACGAAAUUGCCGAUUUAACGAGUGACUUUGAUGCAAACGGGCUCGACGAUAUCGACACAACGAUAGAAGAAAAACCAAAGGAAAAAGUUGAAGUGAAAGAAGAAUCACUGACAAACACAAUCAAUAGCAAAGAAUUUCAGAAAUACUUAGCCGAAAAAGGACUUACGCUCGAGCCUCAGUUGCGAAUUAUUGAGAAUAAACCGAAAAUGUCCACAUCGACAAUACAAAGCGAAAUCGAUGCGAAAAAGGCGCGAAAACCAUCGGUGCUUCAGCGACUGUUUCCGAAUGGAUUCUUUUCGUCCCGGCGACGAACAACGCCAAAAGACUCGACACCUGCACCAAUUAAAAUUCAAGCAAAUGAACCGAAAAAAGAGGGUCGCCUCAGCAGUGCACGUCGAUUGGUGUUGCAUAGGCAAAGUAUGCCGGCCAACUGUGAUGCCUAUGUUGCAAAAUCAAAUUUAAAGACGGUGAAUGUUUUGAGCGGAAGCACAUCAUCCAUUUCCAGUACGUUGACCAAUGUGGAAAACAGUGAAUAUUUGGAAUCAUACCGAGCAAAUUGCAAUAAAACAUUGAAAUCAAAAAGCAGCGAUACGGAAACGACACGAUCACUCUCUGGAUUACGGUACAUUGACAGCUCAUCAAAUAGUACGAUUGUUACCUGUGAUAAAAACAAAAACCCUGAUCAACAAUCACAAGCAAAGCCAAUACCACGGCCGCGGCAGCACAUAAAUGGCAGAUCAUCGGUGCCACUAUCACAACAAAUGCAUCCUGUUAUUUAUAAAUCGAGCAAAGAAACACCGACUCAACUACAAAAAGUUAAAGUGUUGGAAAAUCGUGAUCGAGAUAGUGGCGUCAAAGCACGUGUUCGCGCUAAACUACCAAUCAGUAAUUUGCGACCGUUAGUAAAUCAUGGUAAAUCAGAUCAGGUGGAAGAGAAACGUGUGAACGGUUUCAGUAGCGAGCCAAAACGUCGACUUCCAUCAAAAUUGCCCGAGAGACUGAAUAAAGUGCCAGCAAAUGCUCCAGCGAGCAAACGUAAUCUAUGCGAAACAUCGUUUGAUGUUCAAAUCACACGGAACGAUGCAAAAACACCAGACACUGUAAAUGAGUCGAAAGCACCAAAAAGCACAUCAACCCCAAUCGUCGAAGGUGCUCCACCGAAAUUUGUUUUGGAUGCACAAAAAGCACAUCGCAAUGAGAACGUUUCGCUUGAACAAACGUUGAAUUUGUCUCCGAUUCUACAGCCAAAUGAUGCAUCAUUGGAACAGCAACCGCGUGUUGACAUAGAUGCUGCGACGUGGGCCAAAAUGCAAGAGUUACGGAACAAUGCCGAUCGUCAGUUCUAUGCUCAGCCGUUGUUGGUUCAAGCACAUAUGAACUCGCAGCCAAUGGCGUACAGCCCAAGAAUCAUUGAACAACAACACCGUCACCAACAGCAACAACAGCAAUUACAGCCGAUCUACGAUCGUUUGCCCACUCAUAAUAACAUGGUAGCCGCACAGCCACAACCGUUGUACGCCAAAGUCGACAAGAAACCAGCGGUGCCGAUAAACGCUCAAUUCAUCCGAAAUACACCGUAUCGACAAUCACUCGAUCAAAUCAAAAUGCAUGCAGUCGCGCAACAGCAAAACGUUAAUCCGACAAUUAUCUAUGAGCAACCUGUUUUCAUUCGAAAUUCGCCGCAGAGAAAUACGAUCAGCGGAAUUUAUCGCGGUAACACGAUGCAACGAAUCAGUCCACAGAUUCCACAAACUCCAAUAAAAAUUCUACAAGCACAACAGCCACAGCGACCACAAAGUGUUCUAGAUGAAAUGAUGACGGGACGACAUGCACAAUCGACACCAUCGCCGAGUGUUCAAUUGCGUCGCAAUCCGUUGAGCCGAGGCGAGAUUAUGAAUCAAGUCAUCGAAUUUUGCCGGAAGUCAAUGAGUCGAACACCGACCAAAUUCUUUGGCGGUGCUUCAAAUGAACAAAUGGCUACUGUUCAUAAAGAUGUAACUUCAUCCGAAGUAUCACCCAUUUCGUAUACGUCUGUGACGCCAUCGAAAACGAGCCCAAGUAUCGCUUCGAGUCGAAGCGGUAAAAUUGGGCCUCAAGUGCCACUACGAAAGCAGAGCUUACAACAACAACAUCAACAGCAGCAGCAGCAGCAGAAGCAGCAGCAACGACAAAAAUUGAAUAUGGAUCAAAUCGAUCAACACCAAAUUUACGAACGAAUACCCAAACUAAACACGCAACAGUCACCAGCGUUGGUGAAUGAUGAAAAUAAGCCAAUGAACGGAAUAAUUGGUCAUUAUGCGGUGCCACCGAAAAGAUACAUUGUCGUUGAUAGUGAGCGUCUAACGCCCGUUCACGUUAAACAAUAUCAACAAAUGAAUGGAUCACAUGCAUCGCUCACUCAACCGGUGCACAUUCAAUCGAAAAACUACGGUUGUGCCAACCAAGACUUGAAUGCUUAUGAAUAUGUGAAUGUUCGCUACAGUGACAGCAAUCCAUCACUAGGAAAUAAUUUACUUCAAAUUUAUCAUCCCAGCGCAAUAGCACCGAAACAACAGCAUGCAAAUCAAGUCGUCGACCGAAGAUUCACACCAAUCAUGUUGCCAACAAUUCCACAGCAUCAGCAAAUCAAUGGAAAUGGCAAUGCGGUUGAAGUGCAUCUUCCACCCGGUUACACGAAAACAAAAGUGAUUCCGAAGCAUGGCCGCAUCGUGAUGCUGAACAAUGUUGAGCAAAUGUAUCGACCGAUUGCAUUGCCUGCGAAAAAUGUCCGAUAUCAAGCCAGCCAAACAUCGUUGGACAGUCGACACAGUGUUGACACCAUCGAUUCACUGCAAUCUCAAAAACGGGGAAUUAUCUCACAGAAAGAGGAUUGGCAAAAUGACAAAGGCAAAAAUCAACAGAAUGAUCAAGAUGAUCGACGACGUGGCGCUCGCAUUCGUCCGACAGAAGACAAUCGCCGGCAUACACUGGGAUCACAUAACGAUAUGCUAGUUUAUUCGCAGCAGAAUCAAAAUAUUCAACAACGUGCAAUGGAUCUUGAGAUGGGAAUGCGGGCUCAAAAGAACAAAAAGCAGCCUCCGCCAGUGCGUGGAUACGCACCAGUAAAUCAAGGUCCAUUAUUCGAUGAUGACCCCGGUAUUAUGUCAGAAGUCGAAACCGCUAGCACGGGAUUUCGACGUGGGAAUAAAACAAGAUCAUCGCUGCCUGUAGUUCGUACACCAUCAAAAACACUGGAACGACCUCUCGGAUUGGUAUUUUUGCAAUAUCGAUCAGAAACGAAGAGAGCACUGUUACCUAACGAAAUUACUUCGAUUGAUACCGUACGAGCAUUGUUCGUUCGCUCAUUCCCGCGACAGCUAACCAUGGCGUAUUUAGAAGGACCAAAUGUUAAAAUCUACAUUCACGAUGCCAACAAGGAUAUGUUCUAUGAACUUGAGGAUGUGAGAUCACAUCUUAGGGAAAUUCGUGAUCGAUCCGUACUUCGUUUGUUUGAGUCAAACGAAGUAAAUGCCCCACAAGCGUUGCCCGGUGGACCUGGCGUACCACAACCACUGCCACAGACCGGUACACAUUGGGAUCAAGAUCAGUUUGGAUAUUGUUCGGAGCCGGAAUUCGACACGGAAUAUUCACAUCAGCAUGUACAUAAAAACAAAGGCGUCAAAGGUGCUCCAUACUAUGUUGGUUCUGCACAAACAUUGCCUCGAGGGAUGUACAGCGACCGUAACAAAAAUAUUAUUGGACCACCAGCCAAACCAUUACGAUCAUAUGGCUCUAGAGGAAGCAUGAACGCCCAAUACCCUUAUAGCCAGGAUCAACUUUACAGUAUACCAGAUGGUUACAUGAGCUCACCAGAGCGUGGAACGCGUGGCAGUUACGAGGAGCCAUAUUACAGUCAGUUUGGAACGCGCGGCAGCUCAGUAGCACCAAUUAUUGAUGAAGAAUUAAGUGAUGUAUCGUUAACAGAAAAUCAAUACGCUUUAUAUGGUCAUAAAACAGGAAGAAUUCCCCGAAAUGCGACUCAGAUGUAUGAUCCAACACGGCCUGAAGAUUUACAUCGCAUCCGAGUCGAGCACAUGGAACGUCAAUUAGCCAACCUCACUGGUUUGGUGCAGAAGGCAUUAGUACACCAGACCGUACCACCGACACCCAAUAUUAAUCAAAAUUAUUUAGGUGUUCCUGGACAAUAUCGAGAAGACAUGGACAGACAUUCGAGUGGUAGCUCAACCUCAAUCCAAGCGAACGGAAUCAGUGAUGAUAUUUAUGUUCGAGAGAAACCACCAAAGCUCGGCAAAUCGUCAUGUCAUAAAUCGGUGUCAUUCGAGAAAUCCGUAUCAUUUAGCGAUGAUAUCCAAGGCCUGCCCAAAUCACACAGUCCACAACAUCACGCCGAUUCCAAACCACCAAAACCGGCUAUCAAAUCGUCAACUUUGCCUAGAACAUCUUCUCAAGAACGUGAUCGUUUGAAACCGGCACCACCGCCAAAACCGAUGGCAUUAACAGCAACACAUGUAACUUAUCGGCCCGAUUUAGCUCUUGCACCCGAAGUUUAUAAUCAUUUGCGUGGCUUGCAGAAGAAGGCAAAAGAUUUACGUAUCGAAGUGCGAACGCUGCGUCGAUUAUCGCAAGCGCAGGCAAUAGCCGUGCGAGAGGAUAUCAAAGAUGCAUUCAUGGGAAUUCGGGCUACAUUGAUAGCCAAUUGUGGAAUAUUUAGUGGGCAAAAUGACCACGAUAAGAUGCGCUUAACGAGAGAAGAAGAAUUGUACAAGCAAGAGGUGUUACGCUUAGAAAAUGAUCUCGGUGAUUUGGAAUCAUCGGUGGAAAUAUUGCGCGGUGAGGUGAUCAAUCGACGUACGCGCGUCAAUAUGUCUGCAGUGGAGGACAUGGCAUUGGUGCUCAGUCGAGCAAGCAAAACGGUGGCUGAAUUGAAGAUGCGAUUUCCGAUGCUACAGAAUGCGCUACGAAAUGUUCUAUCAACGGAAAUGGAGAAAGUGGUCCGAGAAGAAAAAUUCCUUACGGAUGAACCCGAUCGCUUGGAGUCAGCAUUGCGACGAUGCAAAAAAUUGACCGGCACUUUGGUUACGCUUAAAAGAUUGGCUAGUGUCCAAGAGCAACGUUUACCCGGAACGGGUCCUGAGCCAGGAAUCGACGAAUUGCCACGAUCGGUUGACCAUCAACCAACAAAUAAGCCAAGCACAAUCCAACGGAUGGGGUCGCUCCCUGUCGGCGCAGGAAUCGCUCCAGAAAACGCACUCGAUGCUUUGCUAGAUGAAUUGCAAACAUUCUCAAAACCAUCGGUCGGAAUCAAUGAGCCACGACCCGAUGAUUCCACAUCGACCGAUGACAGCUCCCAAAAUCAACCAAUAAACAACACAGUGACAACACAAAUAUCACAAGCAACCAUUUAUUCAAGCAACGAACUAGCACCGCCAAACAAUAAUACAUCCAGUUUACGUCGAUUACAUUCAUAUCCCAGUGGUUCUGAUACGGAUACGAGUCCACCGCAGCAAAAACUUCGUUCGAUACCCGGCAAACCGCCCGUUCCCGAACGCAAUGCCGAGCUCAUUUCAAAGGUGAUCAACAAACGUGCACCACCACCGCCACCACCACGAACAAGCAGCUCACGCAGCCCAUUAGCUAGUCCGACUAGUCCAUGUGUUGCAAAUAAUAUGGCAAUCGCCAGUGAUAACGAGCAAAACAACGGCAAUGGCAACAACAACGACGGUGGAAAUUCAAGUGGUAACGAAUCAUCAAAUUCACAAGAGCGCCAAGCCGCUUUAGAAGUUCGCCAUCAAGAAUUAUUAAAAAAGCAAAAGCAAUUGCAGGAACAGUAUGCCCGAUUGCAGCAGAUCAGCAAAAGCGGACCGGUGCCAAGCAAUGAUCCAUUGAAAAAGACGGGCAGCGAAUCUAAUUUGCCACAAAAGAUGGGAUUACAGAUGGCUGUCAGCGGUUCAAUGAAGAAUCUCAACGUUGACGUCACCAUCGCCGAGGCACAGAAGAACGACAAAAAUCAACAAACAGCCCAUACAACCACAACCAAACAAGUUUAUGAAACCGACAUCCUAUAGCGCCAAACGAAACAAUGGAACGAAACUGAAAUCGAUCAUUUUUAAAAAGAACAACAAAGAAAUCGCUUCAAAAUCGUUUCAUUUUUUUUUUCAAACCAACAAACAAAAAUUAUAGUCAACAAUGCGGAUGUACACCGCUUAAAAAUUUUUGACCCAUUUUAAAUUAUUUUCCAAAUUUUUGUAUAAUCGUGAUAAUUUUUAUGACAAAAAAGAGGAAAAAAGAAGCCAAUUUCGAUGCAUGUUACGUAAAUUGGAAUUAAGUCAUUUAUUAGCAUAAAAUCCCUUUGCCAAAAAAAAAAACCAAAAACGAAUCUUUAUGAAACAUUUAUGCGAUUUUUUUUGUCUCGAAAUCUACCUAACAUCACAAUCACUGUCCUACUUAUAUCAAAUAUUAACACAUCAUUGCAAGUGAAUGUAACCACGUAGUGCCAAUUCAAUCUAAGAUAUUUACUCACACUCACACACACACACUUGAUAGACAAAGCGCUGAAGCGAAGCAUCUGGCAUUAUUCAUAACAAUCCCAUUUAAUGUAUGCUGAUUAACAUUUUGCGAUAGCCUUUUUCAUUGGUUCAACAUUGGCCAGUUUAGCUGACGAUAGGACGUUCAAUCGAUUAAAAUCAUUUACUGUCGAAACUUUGAAAUCGGAUUUAUAUUCCAUCGAAACAACUCAUUUUCUCAAGAAAGAUGGACGAGUGAUUCACAGCUGCAAGUUCAUAGAAAUGGUCGAAGCAAAUGCUAUAAACUAUCGCUAAUCACUUGUUGUCAUAAACUGAAUCGACGUGCACUCUGCACACACACACACACAUAAUACAAUUAACAGGAUGCAAAUGUGACUGAGAAUUAAACACCAAACCACUUUUAGCCAAUUUUUAUCCGCAGAAAUUCGAAUCUACUGAAAAUAUUAAUCAAUGAUCCAAAUUCCAUAGAACAAAUGAAGCUUAGCCAAAUAAGUCAACAGAAUAGUGGGACAGAUUUAGAACAAUUCAUAAUAACAUGUAUGAGAGGUAAAAUGCAAACAAAAACAUAAAGCAUCAUAAAUCAUAGUUCAUAAUUGAAUACGAUAUUGACAUUGCUAUGCUAUUUUAUUGUAGAGAUAUAAAUAAUUUAGUGUAGUUUAUGGUUAAAUCCUUAUCUUUAUACUAAAUGGCUAAACAAAAACACACGUAAUUUAACACAACCGAACCGAUGUCACUGGGUUUUUUUUUCGACUACACCGACAAUGUUUUCUGCCAAAUAUUUAAACACAGAAAACGAACAUUUUUAACUUUCUUAUGAUGUCAUUAUCCCGUCGGCUACCCUCACCAUAAUACAUGCAUUAAACGAAAUCAUGAAAUUGCGCAUUCAGCAACAUAGCAACGAUUUAUUAUUAUGUCCGUAAUCAAACAUUGAAUUGAACAUUCGAUGUAAUUGUAAACAUGUUCAUUUGACUGCGUUUGGCCUGCUCAAAUAAAUAUACAAAACGAUUUCCAAUCGAAAAUCGAUAAUCGUAAUCGAUAUUCUUCUUGCUGUAAGAAAAGUGUGCAAUAGACAUCUUUCUUGUAUAUGUGUCAUCCCAACGUGAGUAACACAUUGUCCUUGUUGUACUGUAAUUCGUAAUACAUUUAAUACUCAAAUUGCACACAAACAUACACGUGAAAUCGAUUUUCUAACACAAUUCGCCCCCCCCCCCGCCAUCAAGAAGACAAUUGUUUUUAAAAACUGCAUGAAAAUUGUGCUCGCAUCACUUUUAUUUGUGAAACAUAUAACCCAACGUUCAAAUUUAUUUGGGUAUUACGUUAUAAAACAAAUCUAUACGUUAAAAUGUUGAAUUAAUUUUGUUGUAAAUAGUAAUAGUUUUGAUUUUACCGUGAUCUAUUUUCACUCAAAAUACACCGAAGCACGAUCAAAAUCGGAUCUUCGAAUUUCGAUGACAAGUGACAUUUCAAUCAAUUUUCUAUCUAUGAAAAUUCAUUUCAACUGAAUUUUUGUAAUAACUUAUGGCUAGCAUUUACUUAUUUCGGUUGAAAUAAAGAAAAAAAAAUAUUUUUAAUUUUGAAGUCAAAUGUGAAAAAUAAACGUACGCAAAAUUAAUUUAAAUGAAGUUAUCAAAGUAAAAUAAACGCAUUUAAGAACAUUCAUUUCCCAUGAACAUGUUGCAUUUGUAACAAUAUACCAACACCGUACAGUAAGAAUUGAAGUCUUGUGAAAUUAUAAAAUUAAAAUCUUCUUGGAAAAAAAAUUGUAAACAUGAAUCGGUUUUAUUGAGAGAAAUAUGGUUUGAAAUGGAACGAAAGAAAUUCUCAAGCAAAUUUCAAUUCAUCCAUUAAUCGUCAAUUUUUUUCUCGGCAAACGAUGGAAUCAUCACGAAUUCACUGACAAAACUGUUUCCAACUUGUAAAACGAGGCAGAAGGAUUUAAAUUUGAGUCAAAUUCAAGUCAGUUCAAUUGUAUCAGAAAAAUUGAAAAUAAAAUAUGGAACCAUGAUGAAA